AUGUACUACUGUGCAUUUGCUUAUACCAGGAAUCAUUCAGUUAUUCCCGCGCCACCGGAAGGAAAGACUGAUUUCAAUGCAGCAGCCACCGUGACUGCAAUUGGACCGUCGCCAGCUAUGCUGGUUCAAGGAGUCGUCGAUCAUGAUUACAUAGAAUCAGCGUGUGACGGGGCAACCGAUGCAACUAUCGAGGACAACUUGCUCACCCAUCACCACGUGACAUCUUUGAUGUACUGCCAUGACUAUCUCGGCAACUACACCGGGGCCGCCUAUGUUCUGGGCGAAACGAAUUCGGUCUCAUACCAAGGCCUCGCGAUGUGUCGGACGUCUAUGCCGCGGCCCUGUGGUCUGUGGACUUCACGUUCUAUGCCGCCUGUCUGA